AUGCGAUGUGGUGAUUUGGAGAAGCUGGGGCUUCAUCAAGGUGAACACUACGACAUGCUUGUCACAUCGGAAGACUUGGAUCUGACAGUAUACACAAGAAACCACACCUUGCUGGUAGGAGACUCCAUUGGUUUCAUGGAGAGGGCAGAAAGGGAAGGCUUCCCUGCGGCUUUGGUCUGUUCUGGUCAGUUGAGCCAGUUCUUCGAUCUGUCACCAGCACCCAACAUCGACGUCCCAGCCAAUGGGGGCCAUUUCGUGGAGCCGGACCCAUGCACUUGGCAAGAGGCCUUUGGCACUCGUCCUAGGCCGCGCUAUGGCCUCGCCUGUUUCGCCUUCUCGGAAGGCUUCUUCUUUCGCUUCUUUGCCGAGCGCCGCGCCCUGGCGAGACGGCGCCACAGCCAGAGAUCCGGGGCGCCGGGCGUCCCGGAGGACGAAUGA